AAGCAAUCGGUCGCGCAUGUGCGUUGCACCAAGGUAGCAUUUAUUAUUAUUGUUUGUUGUUAAUCAAACUCCGGGUGAUCACACUUGGCCAAAAUCCACAGUAAAAAAUUAACUUAAAAUUGAAUUUGCUCAUCAAAGAAUUAAAAGUGAUGGACAAUUUCCAUAAAAUUGAAAAAAUUGGCGAAGGUACUUAUGGAAUUGUUUAUAAAGCCCGAGAUAAAAUAACCGGAAAAUUGGUGGCAUUAAAAAGGAUACGACUUGCUACAGAGACGGAAGGAGUACCCUCAACAGCAAUACGUGAAAUUUCUCUGCUAAAAGAUCUGACACAUCCGAAUAUCGUUCAGCUGUUUGAUGUCGUCAUUGGUGAGAUAAACAAGGACCUUUACUUGGUCUUCGAGUACCUGCAGCAGGAUUUAAAAAAAUUUUUGGAUUCUCUGAAGAAUGCAAUCAUUAAUCCGCUGCACUGGAGUAUUUUGGUCAAGAGUUAUUUACACCAGCUAUUAAAAGCUAUAGCCUUUUGUCACAAUCAUCUGAUCCUGCAUCGAGAUUUAAAGCCACAAAAUUUAUUAAUUGAUCACGAGGGUCACAUAAAAUUAGCAGACUUUGGUCUAGCCCGUUCAUUUGGUCUUCCAAUGCGUAUGUACACCCACGAGGUCGUUACUUUGUGGUACCGAGCACCUGAAAUAUUACUUGGCACCAAAUUGUACUCGUACGCCGUCGACAUUUGGAGUCUCGGUUGUAUUUUUGCUGAAAUGGCCACAAGGAGAGCAUUGUUUCCAGGUGACUCGGAAAUAGACCAAUUGUUUAAAAUAUUCCGCACCCUCGGUACUCCUGACGAAACAAUCUGGCCCGGCGUAUCUCAGUUACCUGACUACAAGUCAAUGUUUCCCCAGUGGGAUCCACGGGAUCUCGAUGAAGUUGUACCCAAUUUUGAUGAUGAUGCUAAAGAUAUAUUUAUGAAAUUAUUGACCUACGACCCAAGUAAGAGGGUAACGGCAAUGAAUGCACUGAAUCAUCAAUUUUUCAGGGAUGUUAAGUUGAUAAGUCCGAAUUUAGUCAAGAGAGACUGACCUUUAUCUGUUAUAUCGUAUGUUUUUAUUAUUUUCUUUUUCUAUAAACAAUUUUAUAUUCAA